AUGCUUACACGAAGACUAUUGCGACAAUUGACCACUCUGGCGCGGUUGCUGCUCCCCCGAGCCAACCACACCCGCCAAGCUAAAGAAAUAUCACCGGAAGAAGUUCAGCGAUUUCGGGAAAAGCUCAAAGCGGAACAGGCGCAAAGAGGCACGAGUGGCGCUAGUAACCAGCAGUACUACCAAACAAAACCGCUGAGCGACUACCAGUACUAUGAAGGCGACCCUUCGCAGCACCGCACCGUGUUUGGGUCUCCCCCUAACCCCAAUGGCAUCAUCACCCCGGAAGACCCCGUCUACGAUAUCCUUAAAGAGCCCACGUUAGUGAUUGAGCGCCAAAUCGAAAUGAUGAAUAUCUUUUUGGGGUUCGAACAGGCUAACUAUUACAAGAUCAUGAACCUGAUGGGCCAGCAGAUCGGCUACAUGCAAGAACGGGACCUUGGCAUCAUGCGAGUGAUGGGUCGUCAAUUCAUGAGAUUGCACCGUCCGUUUAAUGUCGAUGUGUUCAACAUGUACGGCGACCACGUGCUUACCAUUAAGAGACCGUUUGCGUUUAUUAAUUCCCAUAUUAAGGCGCUUUUACCCGGGGUUGAUGAACAUGGCAGACCAGUGUUUGAAGAGAUUGGCGAGCUGAUCCAAAGUUGGCACUUGUGGAGACGUCGCUAUAACUUGUUCAAGCUUGAGGAUGAAGUCACCGACGACUUUGAACAGUUUGGUAAGAUUGAUGCACCAUUUUUAUCGUUUGAAUUCCCCGUCCACAAUGCCCGCAAUGAUGUCAUUGGUUCAGUGGACAGAAACUGGGUGGGGCUUGGUCGUGAGUUCUUCACCGAUACCGGUGUGUAUAUCGUUCGCAUGGAUCCUGCUAGUUUUGAAGGCAUGGGUGACCGCUACCCUCUGGUAGCCGGUCCGUUGACCUUAGACCAGCGGGCAGUGCUUUUAGCCAACGCUGUCUCCAUCGACUUCGACUACUUCUCACGUCACUCCCGUAGCGGUCCUGGGGGCGGCCUCUUCACCAGUUACGAAUAG